GACUCUCCGUUGCCAUGUUGCCAUGGUAACGGCCUGUUGUGCAGUCUUGCCCAGCUGAUAUCAAACCCACGGUUUGUGUGCUUGUUGGUUUAUUUAAAGAAGAAAGGGUGCUGGAAAGUCCAUUUGGUAAUGGAGCUAAUUGGAAGCAGUUACAAAGGAGAGACAAAAAAUGGCAGGAUGGAUGGAAAAGGAAAGUACACCUUCCCCACAGACACCAAGUAUGAGGGAGAGAUGAAAGAUGGCAUGUUUCAUGGUAAAGGAGUGCUUCACUUUCCCAAUGGAAGUAAAUAUGAGGCCACCUGGGAGCACGGCAAAGCUAAACAGGGGUCAUUCACCUUUGCUGACGGUCUGCAGUACCAGAAGAUGGACUGGGACUACUGUGAUGGAUACGACAGGCGCUUCUACAGUGAGAGGUGCAAUGGGCUCAGACCUGCAGGAGAAUCUCAGCUAACUGAUCUGCAUCCGCCACGCGUCAUUCCUGAUGGAUGUUACGAUUGUGGAGACGGAUUUUAUGACCCCAGUGCCAGAGUAGUCAAUUCCUACACUGGCAGAUUUCUCAGGAAUGCAGAUGAUUCCGAACAUGAGUGGAUUGUGCGGACUUGCCGGAAAGCUUGGGAUGAGGUUGUUGGCACUGAUCCUGAAAAGUCUGUUGCAACAGUUCCUGAAGAGACCAGCAAUACCAAGUGACACAUUUUUUUACACUCCACUUUAUAUCUGUAUGAAUAGCCCAUUAAAACAGGGAAUUAAUUGAUUUUUUUGUCUUGUGUUACAUGUCUUUAGUGAAGAAGUUUAAUGAACAAAAAUCAUCUUUUAGUGGUAAAAUAUAUUUACUUUUUUAAAUACUCCUUGGUAUCGAUAUUGUAGUAGUUGUUACCACUGCCUAUUAUUUAUGUUUUCUGUGCUUUGUGUGUGUGUGUGAGAGAGAGAGUUUAAGAGAGGUUUAAAAAGGGAAAGAGUCUGAGAAUGUACAAGCACUAAGGGUCCAGUAAUGAUUUUAAAUGUACUCUAUGUUGUUUUGAGUUUGCUUGAACUCCAUGUGAUGUUACUGGCAUGCUGAUUAGAGGCAUUUACUAUAAGAAUAUCACAUUCCAGGGUCAGAAGUCUAGAGAUAAGAUUUUUGGCUGUAUCUCUUACAUGCACAUUCACAUCCUAAAAAUAAGUGCUUUUUUGCAUGCAAAUACAGUAUAAUAUUCAAAAUAUUAAAAUGGAGGUAUGACCAUUUAUAGUCUACAUGUCAGUAAAUAAGAUAAUGAAUAUUUAGGUUUUCAAUGAAAUGUUAAAUAGUCAGAGUCAUAUUUUGAUAUCAAAUGUAAGAGAUUCGCUGGAUAUGACCCAUGCAUUACCGCUAAAACAACAUAUCCUAAAUUAUAUUCAUUGUGUGUUGUGUCUAAUGUUUUUAGGGCACAGUUCUGCUGUGUGAGGGUCAUGUACUCCCUUUAACAUAUAGUCACCAUAAACUGCAGAGGAUUUGUUGGGGUACAAUAGCUCCUCAGUCACCUAACAACUUCACAAGUUGAAAGAUUUUUUUUUUUUUUUAAAAAAAAGCAUCAAUAAAUAAAGAGAUUAA